AUGGCCCCAAGAGAGCCUUCGUGGCUACUGGACAAGAUGCUGGUGCGCGUGGACGUUUGCGUGGAAUUCUUCAUGCUCCUGUCCGGCUUUAUGACGCACUAUGUGUACCACAGCAAGGACAUUGAAUCGUCGUUUGGGUCAAUGAUGGCGUUUUUUGCGCGGCGCGCUUUCCGCUGCUUGCUGGCCCCCGCCUUGCUCAAAAAUCAACUCUUCAUAUUCUUCAUGUCGGCGCAGACGCAAAGCUCCAGCUUGAUGUGA